GCAAGGCGCUCAAGAAGUGUUUGUGUUUGUAGGUAGCUACCUAGCUAGCUAGCGAAUAAAAACGACAAACAUCUACAAAAUAAUAUAAAUACGAAUUACCCACCGACAUAGUGGUGGAAAUUCCUGAUAUCUGACCCGUUUAUUAUUUGAAUUUCCAGAAGUCGUGACAUUAUUUAGAAAUGGGCUGUUUCUUUUCUAAGAAAUCCAAAAGAAAAUCUUCCAAAAAGGAUCUUACUACAACGACGACAGAAAACAGUACAAACAAUGCGGUCAGCGACAAUGUUGAAGAGGCACCAAAGUACAGCUGGGACAAGCGAGAGAAGGUGGACCCCAAAGACUUCAUGCUGACAGGACUCAAGGAUGCUACGGUUGGCCGUCUCCCUGGCAAACUGAACGGGCAGCAGUUUGUCAUCCAGGAGUGUGAGAACUGCAACAUCUUCAUCCUGGACCACUCGGCCACCAUCACCAUCGACGACUGCGUCAACUGCCGCGUUGUGCUGGGCCCCGUCAAGGGCAGCGUCUUCUUCCGCGACUGCAAGGAGAUUAAGUGCACGGUGGCCUGCCAGCAGUUCCGCACGCGCGACUGCAAGAAGAUGGAGGUGUUCCUGUGCUGCGCGACGCAGCCCAUCAUCGAGGCCUCCACGGGCAUGAAGUUCGGCUGCUUCCAGUACUCCUACCCUGAGCUGGGCGCCCACUUCAGGGACGCCGGCCUCAGCGUCUUCAACAACAACUGGAGCAACAUACACGACUUCACGCCGGUCUCCGGCGAGACCAACUGGGGCCUGCUGCCCGAGAGCAGCGCGGUGCUGGACUGCGUGCCGCUGCCGGAGCCCGGAUCCGAGUUCGCGUCUGUGCGGAUCUCCGCCGACGCCGGAGCGAGCGCGGUGCCGCUGACUCGCGGAGGGAGGCGUAAACAGAGCGACGAGUCCUGCCUCUUCAUGUUCUUCGCCGGGGAGCACACCGCCACCGACGCCAGGAAACUCAUCGACGAGGUUACGCGGAAGGGCUUUGCUGUCAUUCAGACCAAGGAGGUGUCGAUGCGCCCAGAGGACGUCAGGAGAGUGUUCCAGAACAACGCCGAGACUCUCACAGAGCUGAUAACUAAAGGACCAGUGGUGGCUCUGGAGCUGAAUGGAGAUGGUGUAGUGGAGACCUGCCGGAAAAUCUCCAACGAAGUGUUCGGUGGAACCCAGGUUUUUGUUUCAGAAAACAAGAAUUCCUCCUCAGCUGAUGUGGACAACUUCUUCAAUUUUGCGGACAUGCAGAUGGGAUUAUGAAACCCUGUAACCUGGAAGGAAAAUGUAGUAUCCGGUUUUUUUGUGUUUAUAUACACUACCUUUCAAAGGUUUUGAAUCACCAAAGAAAUGUUUAUGUUUUUGAAAGAAAUUGACUUUUUCCCCUUCAAGGUAGCAUUAGCAAGGUGCUGACGUUGUACAGUUUAAAAGAAAAGCCGCUUCUGAAACUGGCAAACAAGAACAAAUGGGCAAAGUAACACAAAUAUUGGACCUUAUAAGAGUAUCAGUUUAUUUCAAAAACAUAAAGAGUUCUCAGUGAUCACAAAUUCUUGAAAGGUAUUGUAUUUUAAAUGCCAGUAUUUUGAAUUCCCUCACACAGUGAGCUGAAAUCUGUGUGGGUUUAAUUUCUAUGUUCACUGAAGUUACACUAAUCACACAAACGGGAUAGAAAGUUUUGUUACAUGUAAUUGUACACUCGUUUAUAUAUUGAAUGUAAUUUUAGCUCUCGACUUGUUAGAUGCACAUUUGUUUUUAAAUGUCAGUCUUAUAUUGACUGAGUGUUUUCAUACUUUCCCCAAUCAUGUAUUGCACAUAAAUGUGUGUCACCUUCACCUGUUUAUUGGAGCCACCAGGAGAACCCAAUUCCUCUGUUUUAGUCUUUUGACAUAUUAUUGUCUAUUUCCAGCUAUUUGUUGAGUAUGACAUGUUUAAGACAUUAUGUUUGUGUUUUAGCGUUGUGAAACAAGUUAAAUUUUGUAUAACAUAUCUUCAGAUGUAUACUUUUUUGCUUUUGUACAACAUUUGUAUUGAUCAUGUUGAUGUAAAUAGAGUAAGAUUGUUUUGUGUAUUGGGUUAUAAAUAUUUAAAUAUUUGCCUUCCGUUCAGACUUUAUUACAUGUUUUGGUUCAGUACCUCUACUACUAAUUUUAGGGAGUUUUAUUGCUGUAAUGAAUCUUAGGCCCUAUUAUUUUAUUUUAUUUAGAAAUUACCUUUUUUGUUUUGAGUAUUGCUUGUUUGCCAGUCUGUAUAAUUCCUCAUAUGUUUAGUCCUUGUUUCUUUUUAUGUGAAAGAAGUUUGCACUAAUUUGUAAUGUUGUAUUUAUGCUUCACCUUGAAUGGUCACAUUUUACAAAAGUGAAAUGUUAAUUUAUGGUUUCAUUUUAACUGAUGCAUAAUUUCGACAUGAGAUCUAGGCCAGAGACUUCACAAGCAGACCAACUUCACAUUGCAACAUUUGUAAAUUUAGGAAUCAUGUUUGACUUUUGCGUUCAUAUUUUGUAGAACUGAAUGUAAAGUGGGAUACACAAUAAACCGUUUCAAGGUC